AUGGAGGAGCUUGAACACGAGGAAGAAGAGGAAGAAGAAGAAGAAGAAGAUGUUGCUCAUGACAAGGACGUCGCUCACGAAGAAGGCGUCGUUGGCGAGGAGGAAGCAGUAGCAACGACGGGUGUUAAGAAACGCUGGCGCCGGAAUCGCGUCGCCUGCGAUGCCUGUCACGCCCGCCGUGUGAGAUGUGAUCGCGCAUUUCCCUGCUCUCGAUGCGUUGGAAGUAGCAUCCGCUGUGAGCUGACACGGGAACGCCGCAAGCGGGGUCGUAUUCCUCGAAAUGAUGCCUCUCGAGCAAAUAGUUCCUUUGUACGAGAAACACCAAGGGCUGAUUAUGGUGUUGGUAAUGGGCAGAGGAAGCCAGAACCACACCAGCAAGACUUUAUCAGCGUGGUAACCAACCCCCCUCUCGCCGACCAAAUCCCACCAACAGCACAUUUCUCUCGCUCCGCUCCUACCUCCCCAGAUAAAAGAUUGGAACCAUCGGCGAACAGCAGUGGUGAACGCCAAUCGCGGACAGAGAACAUACAACCCUCGCCCAAGGAAUCAGGGACCGGGGUUGCGAAAGCUGUUGAAGAUUGGAUGUCUAGAUCAAACGGCUUCCAGCAAGCCCCAUAUCCAUAUCCGAUAUUUGGAGAUAUUGGACUCGCGGAUGGGUUAUUUGACCUACCACUCGAAAUGUUUGGGAUGAAUGAUAUCAAUGGUUAUCAAGUAUCACGAUCCGCAUCGCGACAACGUAUGAGCAACGGUCAAACUCCACGGGCACAGGAGGUGCCUCUCAAAUAUCCUGUUCUGGCACCACUAAUGCCAUUUAUCGAACCGUAUCUUUCUCGAACCUUGGUAUAUGAUCUGAUUGAUUUGUACUUCACAAGUGCAUUUUCCACUAUCAUGCAUCCGGUUUGUCAUCAUAUUCACUGUUACGUUGUACGCAAGGCAUCAUUCCUAAGCCGCGAAAGCCCUCGCAACAGCAGUCCAGCAUUGAUAUCUAGUAUGCUCUGGGUAGCAGCACUUGACGACCGGGCUUUUUCAUUAUCUAUAUCACCUCAGAAACGUAAGAAACUUUGUCGGUUCCUAUGCGCUUUGACAGUCCGGCUCUUACGUCCAUUGAUCCACGUUUCGUUCAAGGAUGACGAUACUGUACCUAUAAUCGAAAACGAUCACAGCUUUCCGAAUCCUGCCUACGACAAUACGCAAUAUUUUGGAGAAGGUGGUGAUGAUAGAGGCCUGGUUGGACCGGCAGGCUCGUUAGAUGAUGUCAUUACAUAUAUGCACAUUGCCUCGAUAGUAUCUGCAAGCGAGCAAAAGGCUGCUAGUAUGCGAUGGUGGCACGCUGCAUUCACCCUGGCAAGAGAGCUGAGGUUAAACCAGGAAGUCGAGGUGACACCAAGUCUGGAGAGCCCAGUCGAAAGUUCAUCCAGACCCUUUGAAUUUGCCGAGGGUACGGGCCGAGCUACCGGUAGCAACGGCGCCCAUGCUGAUUAUUUCUCUCAACCCGGCCGGUUGAGCUUGAAUUGCAUAUGCACAACACCACAUCGACCCAAUUUAAUGACAGAGGAACAUCGUGAGGAACGUCGCCGAGCAUGGUGGCUGUUGUAUAUCAUGGACCGUCAUUUGGCACUAUGCUACAACCGACCUCUCGCAUUACUCGAUGCCGAAUGCGAAGAACUUUUACUUCCCCUCGAUGAGGGACCCUGGCAAGCUGGCGAGGUACACAGCAACAGUCCCAAGCCGGAUGGCCCUCAGUGUCUCGUGACAGGCGAUAAAACAAAAAGACGCUGCUUCCCAAACUUUGCGUGCAACAAUCACUCCGUUUUUGGGUUCUUCCUACCACUUAUGACCAUCACAGGAGAAUUAAUUAACCUUAACCAAGCAAAAAACCAUCCAAUUCUUGGUAUGCGACUCCAGGGUAAGGAGGCCUGGGAUGUACAGGUCAACGAGGUUCUACGCCAGUUGGAUACAUACAAGGCGACUUUACAUGCCUUUGCGUCACAACACCCUUCGCCUCCUGCUCCACCACCACGGCAUGCCUUAGCCACACAGCAGAAUGGGGUAUCCCCAUCAAUUCUCAGCGAAGGAGUCAAUAUCGACGAAAAUAACCUGACUUCUUACCAUUCCUGGCAUACGCAGACCGUAAUUGCCUAUGCAUCCUAUGUCGUUCAUGUACUGCAUAUUCUUCUCAUGGGCAAGUGGGAUCCAGUCGCACUGCUCGAAGACAAGGACUUCUGGACCUCAUCUCCCACAUUCGCAUCCACAAUUUCGCAUGCUCUUGAGGCCGCGAAUGCCCUAGAGCAAAUCCUACACUACGAUCCAGACGUCAGCUUCAUGCCAUACUUUUUCGGCAUUCAGCUUCUUCAAGGCAGCUUUCUGCUCCUCCUCAUCGUUGAGCGAUUGCAAAAGGAGGCCGGGGAGGGUAUCCUCAAGGCAUGCGAAGUUGUGAUUCGCGCAACGGAGUCGUGUGUCGUCACGCUGAACACAGAGUAUCAACGCAACUUCAGACAGGUUAUGCGAAGUGCAGUUGCACAGGCUAGAGGGCGUCCUGUCAAUCAUAGUGAAAUCAGACAUCGACGGAAGGCUGUGUUAGCGUUGUAUCGCUGGACAAGAAAUGGAACGGGGUUAGCUUUGUAA